AUCUUGAAGAUCACACUAUUAAUAUUCUUCUCAAUUUAGAAUGUAUUCUGUGAAGGGGAAGCUACUGAAGAAAUUGAAGACAGUAAAGAAAAUUGGGUAUUUAAAGCCGGAGAUUAUCAUCCUGCAAGAAAAAGAAACAAAGAAAAAUCUUGAGCCCACAGUGGAAGACGACCCAGUAAUCGAUGAUAUCUCCCUAAAAAUGGCGGAUCUUGGCAAUGUAUUUAGUGAUAAAGAAAACCCUCGGCAAAAAUCGAGCUCUUUAAAGCCGAAGAUCGAACCUAUAGGAGGAAAAUCAUUGCCGGAGAUGGACGCCCCCGCCUUCCGGCGACUGGACAUGAAUACCGGCAGCCUGUUCGACUCAGGAUUAGUUCAUGUUUCCGAAGAAAAUCCGAAUCUUGGCAGUUCAUUUGGUGAUAAAGAGAAUCUCCGGCCAAAAUCGAGCUCUUCAUGGUCAAAGAUUGAACCUUUAGGAGGAAACCCAUUGCCGGAGAUAGACGUGUCCAGUUUCCGGCGACCGGACAUGAACUCCGGCAGCCUGUUCGACCCCAACCUCCUAGCAGCUUUUGAACAAGUCCUCAUUUCAGUAAGAGCAAUGGAAGCCGAGAGAAUGGCCAUGAUUGACGAAACAAUCGACCAGAUACUCAAAGAAGAAGAAACCCAAGAAGCCCUUUCCAAAUUCGAAGAGAGGUGCCCUCCGGGAGGGUCACAAGUAGUGAUCCUCUACACAACGGGCCUCCGAGGGAUCCGAAAGACGUUCGAGGACUGCCAGAGGAUUCGAUUCCUCCUCGAAAACUUCAAGGUUUCGUUUUUCGAGAGGGACAUUUCGAUGCACAGGGAGUACAGGGAGGAGCUGUGGAGGGCGUUGGAGGGGAAGGUGGUGCCCCCAAGGCUGUUCAUUAAGGGUAGGUACAUUGGGGGAGCUGAAGAAGUUGUGGGGUUGCAUGAACAGGGCAAGUUUAAGCCCCUUCUUCAUGGAAUCCCACUUGAUGAGUCUCAAGGGCAUUGUGAUUCUUGUGGUGGGAUUAGGUUUGUUUUGUGUUCCAAAUGCAAUGGGAGCACAAAAAUUCUCGAGGAGGGUGGCGGCGGCGGCGGCGGCGGCGAUGGUGGUGGAGAUUGGAGGAGGGUGAGAUGUGGAGAGUGUAAUGAGAAUGGGCUUGUUGUAUGUUCAUUGUGUUCUUUGAGGUGAAUGAUUGAAUUUAUUCAGCCAGCCACUCACAUGUAAUAUUUGUAUACAUUUUUGGUAGUCGUUCUUUUUUAUUGUUGUUUCUAUGCAAGAAUUGGCUUAUUUUAUUUCAAAAAAAAACUGUGUUACCAUGCAAAAAUUGUGUAGAAAUGUACUAUCAAAUGCACUCUUUUUUCAUCAUAAUAACGUUCGAUAGUCAAUAAUAAAGUUAUGGUCUUGGG